AUGAGCAAUGAAUCUGGAACGUCGAGUGGAGCAUCAAUUGGCCAUGUUGGAGGAAGAGUUGUAGGUGUUCCAAAGAGAUGCUGGUGCAACGAAAAAAUCGUUGCAAGGAUAUCCAAAUCGGAGGCGAAUCCGUAUAGGCGUUAUUACAGGUGUGCUUUUGCAGCAACACAAAAGCUUUCAAAUGAUAAUCAUGUCUUUAAAUGGGUUGAUGAGGCUUUGCAAAAUGAGAUAGAGACACUGAGUUUUCGAGCAGCACGGAUUGAAGAAGAGUUGAAAGAAAUUUCAAGAUCAGGAAUGGAGAUUGAGAAAAUGGUGUAUGAGAAGAUGGUAAUGAAGCUGGAAAAAGAGAUAUUUCAGAAAGUGGAAGAGGUGAUGGUUGAAUCCGAGUGGAAGAUGAAGAAAAUGGUGGCUCUUGCGUGUGUUGGGUCUAUGGUCAUUGUCGGGUGUAGUUUGUUCUUAGGUUGA